ACUCAGUUUCAGAUCAAGGAAACUUUGUCCGCAUUUUAUUAAAGGUCACUUCUAUUCAUAGGUGGCGUCGCGGCUCGGUGAAUCAUGUGGUUAGGUUUGCAGAGCUAUUCAUAGGUGGCGUCGCAGAUCAGUUACUCACAUAGUUAGGUUUUCAAAGGUGUUGUCGUUUCAAACGGUUUAGUGUGAUUAUAAGUUUAAUUAUUUGUAUAAUAAUGGCUGAUUUAAAUAACGCUGGACCUUCAGGCGUAAAAAGACGUAAGACCGUGAAAGUGAGAAAUGAAAAAAAUCUGAGUGUUGAGGAAUUGAUGCAGUUUUUAUAUAAUUCAGACUCAGAUGAAGAUUAUGAAGACUCUGAUGUAGAUAACUUUGAAAUUGAAAAUGUUUCGGAAGACUCUUCUGGAAGUGAUACUGAGGAUGAUGUACUACAGAACGAGUUAAAUAAUACCGUUGCAGAUAAUCCUGACGUACAGAUUACAGACAAUGAAUGGACCGAAACAACUAGCGGUAUGAAACAAAUUCCAUUUACAAAAAGAAGUGGAUUGUUAGUCGAUAGUCCUGGUGAUAGUGCGUACGAUUGGUUUAGGCUGUUGUUUGACGAUGAACUUUUAAAUAUGAUUGUCUUACAAACUAACAGUUAUGCAGUUGAAGUUCUUUCUACCAGCAAAGGAUGUGACCGUUCAAGGAUUUCCCUAUGGAAGGAAUUAACAAUAUCGGAAUUGCUAAUAUUUAUUGGAUUAACCUUCCAUACAGGAACAAUCCAAUUGCCUAGCAUACAAGACUACUGGAAGAAAAAUAGAUUAUUUUCGACUUGUUUUUCUUCAUACAUGAGUAGAGACCGCUAUUUGCUUAUAAUGCGAUGCCUUCAUUUUGCCGAAAAUGUAAAAGAAAAUGAACCAGUUCCAGUAGAUCGACUAUGUAAGGUAAGACCCUUGCUAGAUCAUUUUAAUAACAAAAUGAAGACGGUAUACUAUCCAGGAAAGUAUUUAUCUCUAGACGAAUCUAUGAUCUUGUGGAAAGGAAAACUGGUAUUCAAGCAAUAUCUCCCUAAGAAACGACAUAAGUAUGGAGUAAAGCUUUAUAUGCUGACAGAAGCCGAUUCAACAAUUUUGGAUAUCCAUAUAUAUGCUGGUGCAGGUGAUGCAACUGCUGGUAAGUCUCAUACAGAAAGAGUGGUGCUACACCUAAUGCGUAAUUUUUUCGACCAUGGACAUUCGCUUCAUAUGGACAACUAUUACAAUAGUUAUAACUUGGCCAAAUUACUACUGGAUAAAAAUAGUUUUUGUACAGGCACUCUGAGAAAAGAUAGGAAAGGCUGUCCAAAAAACGUCGUAGACGCAAAGUUAAAAAAAGGCCAGACCAAAAGUAUGUACCUCAACAACGUAAUGGUUGGAAAAUGCGAGACAAAAGAGAUAUCAUUUACAUUUCAACUGAAUAUAAAAAUGAGAUGGUAACCGUAAGAAAUAGACGAGGGGAUGAGAAAAUUAAACCACUGCCAAUCAUUCAAUAUAAUAAAUAUAUGGGCGGAGUAGAUCUUCAAGACCAAAUGUCUUCUUAUUAUCCGCCGACACGCAAAACUUUACGUUGGUACAAAAAAAUUGGCAUACAUCUGUUUCAGCUAUAUUUGCA